ACCUCCUUCGUCCUCCAUCGAACCUGAUUCACCAUGCCCGAGAUCAAGAUUCAGACCGCUCCCUUUGACGCUCGUUUUCCCAACGCUAACCAGAGCAAGCAUUGCUGGCAGGCGUAUGGCGACUACUUCAAAUGCAUUGAUGCCCGUGGCGAGGAAUUCACUCCCUGCAACGAGUUCAAGCGGGUCUUCCAGAGCCUUUGCCCCACCGAUUGGAUUAACAAGUGGGACGAGCAGCGCGAGCAGGGCACCCUUCCCUUCAGAACCAAAGUCUAAAAACUGUCUAUCCGAUCUCACUAUCAUACCCCACUUCACCACCAAAAGUGUUUUUGCCGACACACAUGCCAGUAGAACAAUAGCAGCAGAAACAAGUUUAAUUGACAAUAAAGGACCAUAUAUCUGCU